AUGGCUACCUGGAAUCUUGACAUCCUCUCUGGCCUCGUCCAGCGCCUGGGCGCGGGCUUGGACGCCUUAAAGCAAGGCGACAUGGACGAAGCAACGUCUUCCGCAACUCAGAAGGAGUUGACUACGAUAGCCGAAGAAUUCAUCGCUACUACAUCUGAUCCAGCGCAGUCAGUGAAGGACCUUGCGCGAGGGUACACUGCUUCUGUGGCAUUGAAGAUAUGUCUAGAUCUCGAUUUGGUUCACGGUUUUCCAGAUGAUGGUGGACAUGUGACCUUGUCAGACCUCGCAGGUGGAAUGAAGGCUGACGAAUUUGUCCUCGGGACCGUAUUGAACCUCUUGAGUAACCACGGUGUUUUCAAGAAUCGAGGUCCGUCGAUGUGGAGCCAUUCCGCCAGGUCGAAGACUUUGCUAAAGCCAUCGUUCAACGACCUUAUGUUAUCGUUACUCAACGAGAGUUUCAAAAGCUGUUUCACGCUACCUGAAACUCUUCAGAAAUCCCAAUACCAACUACCAACGCCUGGCCAUACCGCCUUCAACGAAUACCACCACACCGAUAUGGAUUUCUACAAAUAUUAUGCAACGCAAGAUACCGUGACUGGAGCGAGGUUCCAGCGGGCCAUGGCAGAAGUCGCGUCUGCCAGUCUACGCUUCUUCGAAGCAGCCUAUCCAAUACAACAACUAGCAACGUGCUCACUGGUUGUUGAUGUGGCUGGAGGAGCCGGAUAUACAUCGAUGUUUCUGGCUGAGCGACUGCGAGAGCAACAGUUCCUAGUAUGUGACUACGCGAGCGUGGUCAAACAAGGCAAGGCUCAGUGCCCGAUGCAUCUGCGCGCUCGCAUUCGAUACGUAGCGCACGACAUGUUUCAGCACUACGAUGCCUCAAGUGCUGGAGAGAGAGGCGGGCGUUUGUUCUUACUGAAGCAGGUCCUGCAUGACUGGAGCGAUGCGCAGUGCACGAGUAUCUUAUCAAAUGUUUUGAAUGUUCUUCACGCAGGAGAGCUACUUCUCAUCAUCGAUUCAGUUAAGCCGGUCGAAAAUGUCAGCCUGAGCACUUCCAUGUCUGAGCUCCUCGUUAUGAGCACGUUCGGAGGACGGCAUCGUACAUACGUAGAGCUGGAGGCUCUCGUGCGUAACGCCCGGGCUGAUGUUUCUGUGCGCCCAAGUUUUGCGAACGCUGGACAGUAUGACGAUUUCAUGGUGCUCGAGGUUCAGAUAUACGAUGAUACUCGAUAG